AUGAGCAUUUCCGAAAGUAUAAACUUUGGCAGUAAGCCAAAUUUAAAUUUUGAUUCUAUUAAUAUUAGUCUGGUGGAAAAGAAGAAGGAUUUCUUGUACGAACCAUCGCUGGAGGACAGCUAUUCGGUGUCUUCGCACGAGGCCAACAGUACCGUAUUGGACGACAUCAUUAAUAAAAAUAACAUAAAAAAUGGUGUGAUUUUCGUAGAGACUACGGGUGUGAAUAAAAAUUUGGAAACUUGUGAGAACAGUGGGGACAAGGAGAACUUAAAAAACCAUCACAAUUCACAACAACCCAAAGUGAUGGAGGCCGUUGAAAAUUUGAAUAAAUCUAUACAGGGCAGUAAUGUUGAAAACGAAGAAACUGCAAGCGGUGUGCGAAAUGAAGCUAAUGUUUCGGCGGCUCAGACUGAUAAUCAAGUUCAAAUUAAUGAUGCCGUUCAAGUGGAUGUCAUCAACAGUGAGCAUAUUAUUAAAAAUAACAAUGUGACCAAUUUUAAUGGCUGUUUAGAUUCAAACGACAAGAUUGUGGCAUUGAACAAUGGAGAUGGUGCAGCUGUGGAUGGUAACGGUGGUGGCAAUGAUGCUAAUACUUGUGACGUUAAUGGUAGUAAUGUAAACGGCGACAUUAACAAAAUGUGCAACAACAGCAAUGUCGUAGAGAAGAGUUCGUCAGUUUUGAAAAGUGAAACUGCCUCAAAAGGUACUCUAGUUUUGAAAAGUAAUGCAGCUUCCAAGAAUACUUCAACUUUGAGAAAUAAAUCAGCUAUAAAGAGUAAAAUACUUUUGAAAAAGAAACCCGUUUUGAAGAAUAAACCAGUUUUGAAAAGUAAAACAGUUUUGAAAGAUAAAAAACUCUUAAAAAUUAAUUCAAUCACAAAGAACAAGUCAACUCUAAAGAAUAAUGUGAAUAAAAAAUUCAAAAAUUUACAGCCCAAGAAGAUACAAUCGUCCAAUGUCACUGAUCAGACCGUUUUGAAUUGUACUAGUACAAAUACUAAUGAAAAUUCAAACGUUACAAAUAAAAAUGAUGACAACAUCAAAAGGAACUCGAACAGCCAACGUGAUGACAACAUCGAAAAUGAUGCCAAUUCAAAACAACGAGAAGAUGCUGUUAAAAAAUCAAGUGUCGAAACUAGUGAGAGCAACAAGAAAACCACUGUUACAAAGAAACAUUUGAAUUUGAACAUGACAGCGGACAUUAAGAAAGAUUCAAAUGUCAAGAAAAAUGCUAACAUCACUGUGAAAGAUUCAAAUGUCAAAAAGAACACAGUUGCUAAGAAGGAUUCGAAUGCCAAGAAAUGUUUAAAUGUCAAAAAAGAUGCAAAGACAAAGAAAUUGUUAAACGUCAAAAAAGAUGACAUUGUACUGAAUGGAGAAGUUGCUGGAAAGACAGGAGAGGACAUUUGUCAACAGAUUUUAGAAAAAUUAUCAGUUGAUGAUUUAGAUAUUGGACAAUUUCGUAGCCAAUCUUAUGAUAAUGGGUCCAAUAUAGCCAGCAUCCAUAAAGGAGUACAAGCCAGGAUUGCAGAAAAGAAUGAGCUGGCCGAGUUCGUACCGUGCUUGGCUCAAUCAAUUAAUCUUAAAUUCGGAAAGAAGAUCCUUGCCCGUUCCGACGCCUUAAUGGAUGGUGUGCUCAAAACUUUACAAAAAAUGAGACAAAAUCCAAUGGAGUGUUGGAUAAAAGAAGCUGGCGAAGUAGCUGAAAAAUGUGGUGUUGACCCUAUUAUGCAAAACAAACGAAUUCAAAAACGUAAAAAACAAUUCGACGAGAUGUGUGAAGACGAAUUGCCAAUACUCCAACCUGUAUAA